GGAAGGCGCUGGGUCGGGAAGGGGGAGGCCGCAGGGAAGUCCCGCCUCCGCCGCGGACGCUGCCACGCACUUGGCCGGUCCCGGAGGGGCGGGCAGGUGCGGCCUCGCGGUGCCGAGACCCGGUUUUGGGCCGUGCGAGGUGCCGGGGCGAGGGGCACGAGAUCUGAUUCCGGAGCUGCCAUGAUUGAAGUGGUGGCAGAGCUGAGCCGAGGCCCCGUGUUUCUGGCAGGGGAGGCGCUGGAGUGUGUAGUGACGGUCACCAACCCUCUGCCCCCCACCGCCACUUCUGCAUCCAGUGAGGCUCUAGCCUGGGCCAGUGCCCAAAUCCACUGUCAGUUCCAUGCCAGUGAGAGUCGAGUAGCAUUACCUCCCCCUGACUCCAGUCAGCCAGAUGUCCAGCCUGAGAGCCAGACUGUCUUUCUGCCACACCGAGGUGAGAGAGGUCAGUGUAUCCUUUCCACUCCACCAAAAAUCCUUUUCUGUGAUCUGAGGCUAGAUCCUGGAGAGUCCAAAUCAUACUCCUACAGUGAAGUGCUGCCCAUAGAGGGACCACCCUCCUUUCGGGGUCAGUCAGUCAAGUAUGUCUACAAACUGACCAUUGGCUGCCAGCGUGUCAACUCACCCAUCACUUUACUCAGGGUUCCUCUGAGGGUCCUUGUGCUGACCGGCCUUCAAGAUGUCCGGUUUCCCCAGGAUGAGGCUGUAGCCCCAUCUAGUCCAUUCUUGGAGGAGGAUGAAGGUGGAAAGAAGGAUUCAUGGCUAGCUGAGCUGGCUGGGGAGCGCCUCAUGGCUGCCACAUCCUGCCGCAGCCUCCAUCUAUACAAUAUCAGUGAUGGCCGAGGAAAAGUUGGGACAUUUGGCAUCUUCAAAUCUGUAUACAGACUCGGCGAGGAUGUGGUGGGGACCUUAAACCUAGGGGAAGGAACUGUAGCUUGUUUGCAGUUUUCAGUAAGCUUACAGACCGAGGAGCGUGUACAGCCUGAGUAUCAGAGGCGCCGCAGGACAGGGGGUGUCCCCUCUGUGUCUCAUGUGACUCAUGCCCGGCACCAGGAGUCCUGCCUGCAUACAACCAGAACCAGCUUCUCCCUUCCCAUUCCUCUCAGCUCCACCCCGGGCUUCUGCACAGCCAUUGUGUCCCUGAAGUGGCGACUGCAUUUUGAAUUUGUAACAUCUCGAGAACCCGAUUUGGUGCUCCUCCCUCCUUUGGAGCAGCCCGAGCCUGUGACCUGGACAGGCCCUGAGCAAGUGCCCGUAGACACCUUCAGCUGGGACCUCCCCAUCAAGGUGCUGCCCACAAGCCCUACCCUGGCCUCAUAUGCAGCCCCAGGUCCCAGCACCAGCACCAUAACCAUCUGAAACCGGCACCGUGAUAUUGCCUUUCUUCAGGAUCCUGAGAACCCAGCACCUGGACUCUAGUAGGGCCCGUUUUUCCCACGCGAGGUCCAAUGACAUGGACAGUGAGAGGCAGGCUUUCAGCUGUGGCAUUAAUUUAUUUAUUCAGAAUAAAUUGGCAGCUGCUAGUGGUUUCCCUGGAAGUGGCAGCAGCAGUGGGCAGUUAGCAGGAGGGUGAUCAGUUGAGUUUAGCUGGAGUGGGGAGCCGGAGCCCCAGGAGCAGGGGUGUUAGCUGAGCCCCAUUCUGGGUCGGGCCCUCCCCCUUUGCAGGGUAGCCGAGGAUCAGAUUUUUGCACCAGGGAGAACUGGCAGGUUCCUGCCUCCUGACGCACCUCACACCCUGCAGGGAAGUCGAUGGGAUGCUGGGAUCUGGGGAACCAAAAAUGGGACAGGAGUCAGCACAGUGAAGGGCCACCUUUACCCCUGCCCCACACUCCUCUCCAUCGGCAUUCCUCCCAUAUCUUUAGUGCCCUCUUAGUCCCCCUAACUAAGCUCUUGCCUACCAUACUCGGAUUUUUUCAUUUCAUAGCAGAAAUAUUUUUCCUCUGGACCCACCCCUAUGUCCCUCACUUUGUAGCCUGCAGCCUGAUCUCUCAGCUCUUGGUGGUACCUUCAGGCGGGGCCAGCCUUAUACCUCUAUUCUGUUCAUUCCCACAUCACAGCCAUCUGGUUACACCUUGGCUGUCCCUCAGUCACUCAUGUCAGAGCCAUUCUCUCUGGCCAUCUUUGGUCACUCACGUGUCACAGCAGCCCACACCAACGGGAUGCAGACAGGUACAAUGGAAGCAGUCCUUGCGGAGCCAAGACUCACCCAGGCUAAAAUAUUUCCCUUCAUAGUGGCAGGGGGCUAGGGAAGAACAGGAGAUGUUAGUGUGUUGGGGAGUGGUGGUGGCAGACAGAAACGCUUGUGGUCUAGAGUGAGAGAAAAUAAGUGCCUCUCACUCCCUUAUUUAGUCUCUCCCAUUUCCGAGCUGGAGGGAGUCUGGGUAUUCCAGUAGAGAAUCACCUCUAAGCCCCCCUCAUCCCAGCUCCCUCUGUCCUUGUUCUUUCCUGAUGCCUCCCCCAGCUUUACCUUGAGCUUGGAAGUAGCACUUGCUGUGGACUCCUGGCUGCUGGAGGAGCAGAGAGAUCACCAAGCAGAUCAUCCCCCAGCUUCCCAGGACCCCCUUCGCCUGUCCAGCCCAGAGCAUCCUUAGGGUCAUUCCUGCAGCACAGGCCUCACGGUCCCUUCUUGGCCUCUGUUCAGGCUACUCUGGUCUUGUCUCUUUGGCUUUUCUUUGUUUUUCUCCUUGGGUCUUAGUUUCUGUCUUUCUCCCUUGGGCUCCUGUCUCACACCAUCUCCGUGCCCUCUGCUCUCACAGGCUUGGGGAUGUUUAUAAAGUGAGGACCCUGGCCCCCUGCUGAGUAGAGCUGGAAAAGCUGUAACUCUGUUUCCUGAGGUGAGGGCAUGAAAACAAGAGGUCUAGCUUUAACAAGCUGUGAGAGCUGAUUCAUGCCCCGGCACAGCUAGCGGGAGGGAGGUGGCCAUGGAAGGGGCACUGGACUGGGCACUUCCCCAGCAAGGAGGUGGGAGGGGUGAGGGCCCCCAGGUGGUCCCCACAUCUCUUCCCUGACCUGGAGAGAAGGAAGCAUUCCACCCUGCCCCCAACACACACACACACACACACACUCCAGGGGUGUGUGUGUGCUGGGAUCCUUGCCUGGACCGGAGGGAGGCAUUUCCUGGGGAUGGCUAAUCCUGUGCCCCAGCCAAACCAAGGAGCUGCAGUAGGGUGCGACGGCCAGAGGCUCCAGGAGAGCGAACAGGCACCUGGAGUGCAGAAUGUUUCUCUCAGACCCUAGGGUAGAGUCUCCCUGAAGGAUCCUAGGGACAUGGCUGCCCCUCAGAGAUGGGGAGGAGGGUGUCUUUUUUCCACAGGCAUACCAAGAAUGCUCUAUCCAUUGUUUAGUACCUCCAAACAUGCAACAGGUACAAGAUUUUCCCAUAUCUGGGGAUGGUUUUUUCAAAGAGGAACAUCUUUAAAUGCCCUAAUGGUAUGUCACUCCAGUUUCACAGAGGUACCUCUAUUUCCACUUGUACUCUAUGGAAUGAAAAUUGAGGAAUCCUCUGACAUCCUCUUUUGGGUUUCCUGCAGAUUGUAGAGAGCCCCAAGAUAGGUGAUUAAGAGCAUAGGUUAUAGUCAAGACUAGUUGGAUUCAGAUCCCGAUUUUACUUAAGACUGUGGUGUUGGCCAAUCUACUUCACAUCCCUAAAACUGUUUCCUUAUCUUUACAUCGGUAGCAUAGUAACUCGGUUGUUAAGAGGCUUUCAGUGGGGUAAAGCAUCUAAUGCUCUUAGCACUGUCCCUGGCACGUGGCCCUCAGAAAAUAUAAGCUAUUGUGAUUGGUACUAGAGCUCAGAGACAAAAUGGGUAGACUUCCUGGUUUGAAUGACAGCGAGCAGCUCUGCAUAGCUGAAGGCUUCUGUUGGGGGCUGCUGUCUCCUACCACAGACUUCUGCCCUCCUCACAUUCAUGUUGCAUGUCAUCCUUACCGCCUCCAGUUUGAGAAACUGAGUUGCUGAUAAACCCACUUUUCUUAGGUUGGUACCCUCACUUCUGCCGUGGAAAGAGGUGUCAUUUCUCAUCCUUCCAGUUAACUUUGGGACUCCUGCUUUUCACAUUAGGAUUCUGAUCCAUUGCUUCCCAUCCCCAUUCGUGUGAACUCUCAAGUUCUUUCUGACCACUCUAGUGCUGGCCAUCUUUUUGCUACUAAUGGCCCCUUUCUUCCAAUUUGCCACACUCCAAAGACCCUAUCCAACUCAGAAGACCAAUCACUUUGACAUUCUAUUUUUCCUUCUAAGUCUCUAGUCCCUUUUACUGCAAGACUCCCAUUCCCUGUCACCCAGUGGAUCAGAUUCAGCUACUUUGGGCUGACCUUUUUGCCUCUCACCUCUUCACCACUCAGAAACGACUUCAUUCAUUCACCUCAGGCUCCCUAUGUGUCCUCUACCAAGUAGAUAGCUUACUUAAGUGGAUGGAGAUGCCGACUGUACCACGCAUUCACCCUAGUCAGAUCUGAUACCCUUUCUAUUUCAGAGGAGUACCAAGAGAAAAAAAACUGAUGAAACAGGGUACCCCGAUGUAGGUUGUCAUGUGGGAAGCAUGGCCCUGGACUGCUCUCUUGGCUGGAGAAGUUGGAUGAGAAGGCCUUUUUAGCACAAGGGCCCAGAAGUCUUGUCAGUGGUCAGUGGCUCUGCUGCUACCCUUCUGGGGAAGGGGGCCCUGCUGACAAUCUGGAAGUCUGGACCAGUCUUUUGCUCCUGCAACCUGGAGCCAACCCAGUAGGGGGCAGACAUGACUGGGAAGCUAGGAAGCUUGAAGGUGGUGGUGAUGCUGGAAGGAAACGGGGCCCCAGCGGGGAUUGGUGUACAUGAAGUAAUGGGGACAGAAGUAAGAGCCAUCUGUAAAUGAGGAGGUAGGCAUAUGGGCAGGAGUAGAGGGCUUCUGGAAAGAAAGGCUGGGGCUGAACCAGGACCCCUCUCAUAAGUUCCGGUGGGUUCCAGGAAGGUGUUGCUUGAACCCACUUGCAUUCCUGCUGGUGUGUGCGCUCAAGUGUUCAUCCCCGUAGCUGCUUGGGGCCGGAGGCCACGCUGUGGUUACUGUGUGUAUGCUUGUGUGUAAGGGAUGUCAGUGGUUAGGGCCCAACUCUGGGAUUCCUGGGGCACUGGCCGUCGGGAAUGCCAGCUAUGGGGGGCACGGCCAGGAGGGGGCGGUUGGCGCGCGCUGCCCGCGCCCGGGGACAGAAAAAACAUCCGCCGGAGGCCCGGCCGGGCGGCGCUCCAGCGGCGCCGGGCAGGUGCGCGCGGUGAGGAAGUGAGCGCAUUCCGGCCCCCCGGCCGCCAGCCCUCCGGUGAGUCACCGCCGACCCCCGCUGCCCGCCGGAUAGGAGGGAGCGGCCACGGUGGGGAGAUUUGGGUGGCGGGAGCCCCCGAGGGUGGCUGGGCGGGGGGAGAGACUCAGGAGGGUCACCGAAGUCCCGGAGAGAGAACCAAGGGGGGAGGGGCCCCGCGGGUCCAGGUCCUGCUUUCACCCCCCAGCGCGAGAAUCCUAAUAAGACACCGAAUACAGAGCCCGUGAUUGAAUGGAGGCAGGCGGGGACUGUCCCCUGGGAGAAUCUUGUGGGGGCAGAGAGAAGGCCCCAGAGAGCUGGUCUUGGGGAAGGAGAGGAGCCCGGGGCCAAAUGGCCAGUGGGCAAGGUGGUGUGGCCUGGGGAGGGGCAGAGUGCGGGGCUGUGGAGCGGGCGCGGCCGACUGGAGUGCUGGAGCACCGCAGCGCCGGUGUAGGCCCUGGCGAGCAAGACCCUGUAGAUGGAAGGAGACUUCCACAUCAGGUAGGAAGGUGGAAAUGACCAGAGAUAAGGUCGUCCAGAGAUCUGUGCGCUCUGGGGCAGUGGAGGGUAGGUUUUGGGAGUAGUGGGACUUAGGGUCAUAGAGGUACUGUUGUGGCCAGGUCCUUAAAGGCUUUGAAUGCUGGCAUCAGGAAUUUGGAUAUGGCCUCGCAGGUAGAAUCAAUGGGCUCUGAGCAAGAAAAGAAGUGAAUGACUUAAAGGUGAGGUUAUCUGUGUCUAAACAGUACUGCCUGCUCUCCCGUCUUUGCCAAAGAAUCAGGCAUUGAUAUGCUAUUUUUAAUAGUCAUUUAAAGUCGCAUAACUCCAUUUAUCAAACAAUUAAAUGUUGACAUUUUAAAAAUAGAAAAGUUGAAAAAUCUGAAUCAAUAUUUGAUUUAGAACUCACAACGGAGCUAUCAAGAUGAGUUAUAUGGCAUUGUCAUACUUUUGUGCCAUUUACCCCUCACUGACGAGUGAAUUCUGUGUUUCUAAUGCCUAAGUUCUGUAUCAGCACAACACAUCUCAUUUAUCUUAUGGUCUUUAUUUUUAACCUUAACUUUCUUCUGUGCAGCCCUGUAGCCUGUCCUGUGAAUCCUGAACCAAGUAAAACAUUUCUUGGGAUGGGGCAUUGGGCUACAGUAUACAAAGACAAAUUACUGGUUUUACCAUGUAUAUUAGGUUACUUAUUAUCUUCUGUGGACAUCUAUGUAACUAUGAAGUUUCUAUAUUUACCCUGUGGCUGAUAAAAAGAGAAAGCUAAAGGUGUUUUAUUUACAUGUAGCAUUUCUGUAACAGCACUUAUUAGUCUGGAUUCUAAAAUCAACUCUACAAUGGUAUUUGGUACUUGUCUCAGAAACUGACACUAAUUCUGUCAUGGUCUUUAUAGUUUAUUUAUCUUGGGCCAAAGGAUUAGGAUCUUUAUAAUUUAUUUUAAAGAUCUUUAAAUCCUGCAGUUGCUUUUGGCCCCAAACAAGAAAAUCUGGGUCAGUUAAUUUUGAAAAAAAAAAAAAAAAAAAAAA